CCUCAAUUACUUACUUCUGCACUUGGUGUACCAACGCCAACAAUAUGCGUUUUUUCUUUCUGUAUUUCGAUAGAUGCAUCUCCAUACCAUGAUGUUAAACAUGUGCCCAUGAUUGCCUCACCACUGUUCAAAGUACCAACAGCUAUAUCGCCUCCAUACGAUAUGCAUCCGUUACCUGAUGACAUUACCCAGCGGAGAUAUCAUGAUUUUUCAUUGGAGCACAGGAUUGUGGAAGAAUACCAACGCAUUGUGGCUGAGGAGGCUGCCAUCACGGAGGCUAGAGAGGACGCAUAUAAAAAGUACGCUGAAGAACGAGAAGCACGACUAAAACAAGAAAGAAUCAGCCGUGCUAGAAAGAUUGCGCCCGGAUUCUUGGACAGCGAGGACCGUCGGAUUUUAACUCCAACACUAGCUACAGCACAGGCCAGGGAUCAGCAACAACAGCAGAAGCAACAUCAGGCAAAUUCUAGUAAUGGACAAAGUGCGAAAAACCACUUUGACUAUAGUGAAUUUGAAGCGAAUGAUAAUAGUCUUACUGAUGAGAAUGCGCUUGACAAGAGGACCAGCAAAAAUAAUGAUGAUAGCGAUACAAACGCUAAUAAUUAUAAGGAGGAGCUACUACCGGAGCAGCAAAAAUCGCUGCAGAAGCUUCCUCCACAGCAGCAGAAUCAGACUAGUCCUCUACAAAGAACAGAUUCAUCCUUGAACCAAGGCUUUGUUCAGGAAACGGGUGGAGAGGCUGUGGAAGAAGAGGUCAUUGUUCAGGCUGUCCCGUUGUCGGAACUUACAGGAAUGCUACGUGACAGUUGCUUAGAAGAAGAUUCAUCAAAUACUGCACCGAGGGCUUGGACUGAAAGGGAUGUGUCAUCAGUGUCGUCAGAGAAAUCUGCUUUACCUUCAUUCAACGCAGCAACACGAUUGGACUUUCGUGAGUUUGAACAAGGAUUGGGUCCUCCAGAUCCUUGGGAGGCACCGGUUGAUGACUUGACGGCUCUGAAAGACGUUAUAUCGCAGCAAAUGGGCCACAGCAGCUCAUCACAGACACAGGAUAUAGCACGCCCACAGCCUCAACAGCAGCAGCAGCACCCUCCAAUACAAACAUACCCGUACCAACAACAGCCUCAGCAAACACAACCUCAACAGCAACUACAGCAGCCACAAACACAACCACUACAACAUCAACAGCAGCAGCAGCUCGGUUCAUCUUUUCCACAGCCCAUGGAUCAACAGUUACAUGGCCAAUAUUCUUAUGGCGUCACACCCAACAAAGCGGCUUUUAAUUCCUCAUCUACCCCUAUUGCAGCCUUUCAGCCUCCGCAUAAGCCUACAGGGAUUGCUCAGCAGCAACAAGCACUACAGCAUCAUCAACAGCAGCAUCGUCAUUCAACUGGUGGUAUAAGCGGUGGUAACAACGGUCCUCAUAAUGUGACAGGUUUAACAGCAGCUCAGCAGCAGGCACGUUUUGGUAAUGCGACACCUUCUCCACCACCAUUGCCCCCACCACCCAACAGGGCUGUGACCGCGUCACCGAGUGUUGGAACAGGUACCGCUUCUGGACAGCCCGUUGUGAGCCGACCACCCCUACCAGCGCGACCAUUCCGAGGGGCGGGGAUGGAUUCGAUCACCUCAGAGCCCUCAGGAAGUGCAGGCGUAGGUGUGGAACAUGUAACCAUAACGGACCGCUCAAUGACGCCUCCACGACCACCACUGCCACCACCACCUACAUCCGCUCGUGAUCCAAUUGGAGCAGACAAUGAAAGUCAACAGCAUUCUCACCAGCAGGUUGUUGCUCCGGCACCUCCUAACGCCAACUCGUUAAUUGAGCAGUUGCUUAAUAUGGGCUUCACAAGGGAGCAAAGUCGAAGCGCACUAGAGAAAUAUGACUAUGAUUUAGAGAAGGCAACGAACCAUCUGCUGGAUUGGGAUGAUUAGAGAACAAAUACGUAAAGCAUUAAUAAUUAUAAUAAAAGUAAAAAGCAAAAAUAAAAACUAAGAUAUAGUUGGCAG